GCCCACCCAUUGGAUCGGAUGAUCCGUGGGCCACAAAAAUAGCAAUGGCGAGACCCGCCUGGGGCUGUGUAACGCCACCGCUAAGCAUCUUCAGCCCCCGCUCAGGUCUGUACACUGAGCGCGUACGAACGCAGAAAAUCCACUUCAGCGUCGCUGCGAUGCUUGAUGGUGGUCAACGGCGGUACGAUCCGUCGCUGGAGGUGCUUGGAGGAGGUCUGGAUUCGUACCUCCCGGCAUUCAAAACCCUGAACCGUCCGUAUGACGCGUUUCCUGUGGUUGGAUGGAAUCGGCACGUGGAGACGAUCUUCGCAUCGUUUUUCCGGUCGGUUCCUGACGUCAGAUUGCGGCGGGAGUGUCUGAGGACGAAGGACGACGGCGCUGUCGCUCUCGAUUGGGUUUCCGGUGACGACCGUCGGCUUGGAGCCGACUCCCCGGUUCUCAUUCUACUGCCAGGUCUAACAGGAGGGAGUGAAGACAGUUAUGUGAGGCAUAUGCUGGUCAGAGCAAGAAGCAAUGGAAUGCGAGUAGUUGUGUUCAAUAGCCGUGGCUGUGCAGAUAGCCCCGUGACCACGGCUCAGCUCUAUUCAGCUUCAUUUACAGAAGAUUUGCGUCAAGUAGUGGCACAUGUUUCAAAUCGCUACCCAAAUGCAAAUUUAUAUGCUGUUGGUUGGUCUCUUGGGGCUAAUAUUCUUGUUCGGUAUUUGGGCCAGGAAUCCAAUGCUUGUCCUCUGUCUGGUGCUGUGUCUUUGUGUAAUCCUUUCAAUUUGGUUAUAGCAGAUGAGGACUUCCGUAAAGGUUUUAACAUUGUUUAUGACAAAACUCUUGCAAAUGCUCUCCGCAAAAUUUUCAAGAAGCAUAUACUCCUUUUUGAAGACAUAGGAGGUGAAUUUAAUAUUCCAUUGGCUGCCAAUGCCAAAUCUGUUAGGGAGUUUGAUGAUGGAUUAACUCGAGUUUCAUUUGGAUUCAAGUCAGUGGAUGACUACUACUCUAAUUCAAGUAGUUCAGAUUCCAUAAAACAUGUGUGCACACCUUUGCUUUGCAUCCAGGCUGCAAAUGAUCCAAUUGCUCCAUCCAGGGGAAUUCCUCGUGAAGACAUCAAGGAAAACCCGAACUGUUUGUUGAUAGUUACACCUAAAGGCGGCCACCUAGGGUGGGUUGCAGGGCCUGAAGCUCCCCGUGGAGCUCCUUGGACUGAUCCUGUAGUGAUGGACUUCCUCGAGCAUCUGGAGAGAGGAAGAUCCGAAGUUAUUGCAUCUUCUAGUGAAUCAGAUACAGUCCAGCUCUGUACAGAAGGCUUGCGCCACCUGAAGUGUGGGUAACAAAUCCAUUGCUACAUUCCAUAUUGUUGCAUUCAUAUAUAUUUGUUUCUUGGAAGAUCAAUUUUUUUAAGGCAUCAAAGUUGGAUAUAACAAGAUGACGUCAAACAAUCCUUUUUUACCCUGAAACUGCCAUUGUUGUGUAGCUGUGAACUUCAUUAUAUUAUAAGGAAACCUUCAAACUGUUAACGAGAGUUUAGCUGUGAGCUUCA